CUGCCGGUGCCGUGUGCUCGGAAAUCCUGACUUUUGCCUGCCCCAUUCGCCGCGGAGAAAGUGUGGCAAAACGAACCGUGGUAGCAUGUUUUCCCGUAGCACUCGCUCCGCCAGCGUGAGGGCAGUGCUCGGCCAAGGUAUACCCCUUUGCUCUCUUUCCAGUAUUUCCGGUCAUUUAAAGGCCGCCCCACCCCGUCGUUGGACACUGGCGGGACGCUCACCGGAGAUGCUUGGAUCUGCCAUUGUUCUAUUUCGCCAUGCCGGGAUAUCGGGAACGCCCGAGGCCAGUUCUGCCCAUAGACCCUGACGUCUGCUAGACAUGCGUCGUCCUCUGUCUGCGAGUGCAUGACUAUCAACCCACAUCCUUCCGUUGCGUCUUUUAUCUGCGCUGCCUUGGGGACCUCUUAUUAGACGGCCCCUGUGCCUCAACCACCCCGUAGAAUCCGAGCUGACUUCUAAUUUUGUUCCUUCCUGUCCGAAAUUUUGUGAUACCCUUUUCGAGAACACCACUAUUCCCACGUAUCUGUCUAGACGACGCCACCAGCUUACAAACAUCUCCAUACGUUGCUUCUUUUGGGAGUGGCACCACUGCACCCUCUCUGGAAAACAACAAGUAGCCAGCAGCUGCACGCUGCUCCGGCGCCAUGGCUGUCGGCACUAGUAACAGGAAAAAGGUCGUGGUGGUCGGCCUGGGGAUGGUGGGCAUCAGCUUCAUCGAGAAGCUGCUCAAACUCGACGCGCGGUCUCGCGAGUACGACAUUGUCGUCCUGGGCGAGGAGAAGUAUCUCGCCUAUAACCGCGUCGGCCUCACCAGCUUUUUUGAGCACCGAAAGGUGGACAGUCUAUACCUGAAUCCACAAGAAUGGUAUGAUGCCAUCGAGGACAACGCCCUGGGCUACCACCUAAACACCACAGUCACCGAGAUCCAACCGGACAGGAAACGAGUGCUGUGCUCCAACGGCGACGAGGUCCCGUACGACAUCCUGGUCCUCGCCACGGGGUCCGACGCGGUGCUGCCCAAGCACACGCCGGGCCACGACGCCGACGGCGUCUUCGUCUACCGCACCAUCGGCGACCUGGAGCGGCUGAUCGAGUUCUCCGGGAGGCGCAAGGGUACCACCGGCGCCGUGGUCGGCGGCGGCCUGCUCGGGCUCGAGGCGGCCAAGGCCAUGCUGGACCUGGGGUGCUACGACAAGGUGACCGUGAUCGAGCGCAACAGCUGGGUGCUGAGCCGCCAGCUGGACGCCGACGCGGGCGCUAUGGUGGUCGAGCAGGUGCGGGACCUGGGCGUCGACGUGCUCCUGAGCAGGCGCGUGGGCCGCGUCGAGGUCGAUGCCGCCAGCGGCAGCGUGUCGGGCGUGCGCUUCGAGGACGGCGAGCGCAUGGACUGCUCCGCCGUCUGCUUCGCCAUCGGCGUGCGGCCCAGGGACGCGCUGGCCCGCGCGGCCGGGAUCCGCUGCGCCGACCGCGGCGGCGGCGUCGUGGUCGGCGACGACCUCGCCACCAGCGCGCCCGACGUGUACGCCAUCGGCGAGGUGGCGAGCUGGAACAACCAGACCUUUGGGCUCAUCGCACCGGGCGUCGAGAUGGCGGACGUGCUCGCCUUCAACCUGACGCAGGCGAAGCUGCACCAGCCGCGCCUUUAUAAGCGGCCGGACCUCAGCACCAAGCUGAAGCUGCUCGGGGUCGAGGUGGCAAGCUUUGGCGACUUCUUUGCCGAUCGCGACGGGCCGCAGUACCUGCCACCAAAGGCCAAAGCAGCAGCUGCGCGCAAGGCAGCCGAGAGCGACGAGAGGCUCGCAAAGAAGGGCAGCGCGGCCGCGGUGAAGAGGUUAACCAACGGGCUGCCCCCGGCGCCCGUCAAGGCGCUCACUUAUCGAGACCCCUUCACCAACGUUUACAAGAAGUACAUAUUCACCAUGGACGGCAAGUACCUGCUCGGCGGCAUGAUGAUCGGCGACACGCGCGACUACGUAAAACUAGUACCGCUCGUCAAGGGGCAGAAGGAGCUCGAGGUCCCGCCCAGCGAGCUCAUGCUGGGGGCCAGGGGCGGCGAGGGCGACGAGGGGGACGACCUGGACGACGACACGCAGAUCUGCUCGUGCCACAACGUGACCAAGGGCGACGUGGUGGCCAAGGUCAAGGAAGGCAGCUGCAAGAGCGUGGGCGACGUCAAGUCGUGCACCAAGGCCGGCACGGGCUGUGGUGGCUGCAUGCCGCUGGUCACGAGCAUCUUCAACAAGACCAUGAAGGACAUGGGCAACGAGGUCAAGAACCACCUGUGCCCGCACUUUGCCUACUCGCGCGCCGAGCUGUACCACAUCGUCAUGGCCAAGCGCCUCCGCGCCUUCUCCGACGUCAUGCGCGAGGCCGGCGCCGACAGGGACAGCGUCGGCUGCGAGGUCUGCAAGCCGUGCGUCGGCUCCAUCCUGGCGUCGCUGUGGAACAAGCACGUCAUGUCGGGCGCCAGCCACGGCCUGCAGGACACCAACGACCGGUUCCUGGGCAACAUCCAGCGCAACGGCACCUUCAGCGUGGUGCCGCGCGUGUCGGGCGGCGAGAUCGCGCCCGAGAAGCUCAUCGCCAUGGGCGAGGUCGCGCGCGACUACGGGCUCUACACCAAGAUCACGGGGGGGCAGCGCAUCGACCUCUUCGGCGCGCGCAAGCAGGACCUGCUCGACAUCUGGCGGCGCCUGGUGGACGCCGGCAUGGAGAGCGGGCACGCCUACGCGAAGUCGCUGCGCACCGUCAAGUCGUGCGUCGGCACGACGUGGUGCCGCUUCGGCGUCGGCGACAGCGUCGGCCUCGCGGUCCGGCUCGAGGAGCGCUACAAGAGCAUCCGCGCGCCGCACAAGAUCAAGGGCGGCGUCAGCGGCUGCGUGCGCGAGUGCGCCGAGGCCCAGAGCAAGGACUUUGGCCUCAUCGCCACCGACAAGGGCUUCAACGUCUACGUCGCCGGCAACGGCGGCGCCAAGCCGCGCCACGCCGAGCUGCUGGCCAAGGACGUGGCCCCCGCCGAGGUGGUGCCCAUCCUGGACCGCUACCUCAUGUUCUACAUCCGCACCGCCGACAAGCUGCAGCGCACCGCCCGCUGGCUCGAGGCCCUGCCCGGCGGCAUCGGCUACCUGCGCGACGUCGUGCUCAAGGACAAGCUCGGCAUCAACGCCUCGCUCGAGGCCCAGAUGCAGGAGCUCGUCGACAGCUUCUUCGACGAGUGGGCCGAGGCCAUCAACGACCCGGCCGUCGCCGCCAAGUUCCGCCAGUUCGCAAACACCCAGGACGCCCUCGACGGCACCGAGGUUGAGCUCGAGCGGGACCAGUCCCGCCCGGUGCACUGGGCCAAGGAGCCGGCCAGGGAGGACUUUGCCGGCCUGCGGUCCCGCUGGUCCGAGACGUCGUGGCAGCCCGUCAUGGAGGCCUCCCACUUUGCCGGCGCCGACGCCCUGCCCAACGGCGUCAGCGCCGCCGUCAAGCGCGGCGACACCCAGCUCGCCCUGUGGCGCGUCAAGGGCCGCUACUACAUGACGCAGCAGAUGUGCCCGCACAAGCGCGCCUUUAUAUUGUCCGACGGCCUGAUCGGCCAGGACAGCCCGCCGGCGUCGUCGACGUGCGACGUAGAGCCCGCAGGGAACGGCUCCCUCGGCGUCACCAACCUGGGCAGCGCCAACGGCGUGAGCAACGGUAGCAGCAGCAGCAGCAGCAGCAGCAGCAACAGCGCCGCGUCGUCCAUCGACGGUAGCGCCGCCGCCGCCAGCACCACCUCCACUACAGCCACCACACCGACAAGCACCACCACCACCACCACCACAACAACAACCAGCGCCGGCGGCAGCUGCGACAAGAACAACAACGCCCCCUGGGUGUCCUGCCCGCACCACAAGCGCAACUUCGACCUGGCCAGCGGCGGCUGCCGCAACGACGCCGACCUGUCCAUCGCCACCUUCGACGUCGAGGAGCGGCCCGACGGCCUCGUCUACGCCCGCCUGCCGCCCGUGGCCGAGCUCGACGCCGCCCUGGGCACGGCGCGCUGGCGCGUCAAGAAGGACGAGGCCGGCCCCCACCCGUUCGCGGACCUGGACAAGAAGAUCGCCUUCAGGGGCCUGCGCGCAAAGAGGCCCGGCGUCCGCCCCAUGGCUGCCGACCUGCCCAUGCGGAAGCCCGUCGAGCUCAUGGCUGGCGGUGGGUGCGGAUCUGCUCCCGACUGGUGAGAGGGGAUGGGAUGGGGGUGUUGAAGAGGGUUUUUUUUUUUCGGUCUCGAGCUCGGCUGUCUUCUUCUUUUGUCUUCCCCACGGCGAACAAUUUGGGUUUGGUUUGGAUGGUAUGGCUGGUAUGGUUUUCCACACAUGGAAACAGACGAAAAGGCGUAAAACAUGUUUGAUAGAUGUCUCUAUUUGAGCCGGGUGACUCGAAUUUCCAUUCGUCGUAGCGGCAGCAGCAACGGACCUACAGGAAGAUCAGAAAUGAUGCUCCCAAUUUGCGUGUUGCAGUUGUCCAUUCCUAGGUGGCACCCGUUUCCUACAUCAUUUCACUGGCUAUGAGCGGGACAAACAUCACAGAUUAUCGAGUGCCAAUAACUGUAUUCUCCAGCGACCAGACAGACGGGUUAUAAAAAGCCAGAUAGUGGGAAC